AAACGGUUGCACUUUUUAUCUACGGAUAAGAAGUUGGACUGACAGCCUUCGACACCUACGCCUUUUACAUUGUUCGGACUACUACGAAUCUCUCAAGCUAGUCAUUACCUGAGAUAUCAUGUCCCAACCACCCCCCACGCCUACGGCACCCUGGACCCCCGAAAAGAUCUGUCGACGCCCUGAACCACUCAGCAUGCUCAUUUCCACCACACUUUUCUACCUCUGCGCCGACUUCAUCCUAGAUAAUCACAUCUAUGUCGAGCUCUUCGUUACGCUAUUCGGAGCGCCGCGCUUCACCACGUUUUUCGACCUAAAACUCAUGUUCGCAUGUGGGUUUGGCUGUGGCGCAGCGCUCUAUGGUGGUCCUACUACCUUUCACGAGGGGAGCGUACUGGCGAUGGCAGCAGUGGGCGGAGUGCUCCUUGCGGGGCUGCUGAGGUAUCUCUGGUGGCAUGGGCAUGUGUGGGGGUUGGGAUGGGGACUGGAACCGAUGACGAGACAGCGUAUGCGGAUUCGCGCGCAUGCCAAUCCGCGGUCGCCGUGGGAAUGGAGGAAUGAGAGGGUGCUGAGGUGGAGUGGGAGAGGUGGGGAGUGAUUGGGUGAUUGGGACGUGAGAG